UGCGCGGAGCCAGGGGGCGGGGCCCUUGCGCGUCCCGGUUGCCUGGAUACCACUGUGGAACAAUAGCAGCGGCGUGAGCUCCUGGGCAGUUGGGUCUGGGCUAGAACGGGCGGUUGGUCCUCAUUCUCCGCGGAGCCCCGAGGAGGAACAGCCUGGUCGCGGUCUGCGAAGAGCGAUGCCGCUUCCCGAUUCCAUGUUCUGCGCGCAGCAGAUCCACAUUCCCCCAGAGCUGCCGGACAUCCUGAAGCAGUUCACCAAGGCUGCGAUCCGCACCCAGCCCGCCGACGUGCUGCAGUGGUCCGCGGGGUAUUUUUCAGCUUUGGCAAGAGGAGAUCCACUUCCUGUAAAGGACCGAAUCGAAAUGCCCGUGGCCACUCAGAAAACAGACACAGGCCUGACUCAAGGACUCCUGAAAGUUUUGCACAAGCAGUGUGGCCACAAGCAAUAUGUGGACUUGGCAGAUCUUGAGCAGAAAUGGAAGAAUUUGUGCCUGCCGGUAGAAAAAUUCAGAGCUCUCUUACAGUUGGAUCCUUGUGGAAAGAACAUGGAGUGGAUGAAGUUUUUAGCGCUUGGAUGUAGCAUGCUUGGUGGGUCCUUAAACUCUGCGAUGAAGAACCUGUGCGAGAUCCUGACCACGGACCCCGAGGGCGGGCCCGCCCGCAUCCCGUUCGAGACGUUCUCCUACGUCUACCGGUACUUGUCCGGCCUGGACUCAGAAAUCCCCGCGGCCGACACCGAAUCCUAUCUUGCCUCUUUGAAGGAAAACAUCUCUUGGCCGGCCCGAAUGAGGAUGCUCUUGCUCCCACCCCUAAGACUCCUGAGGAAGAGAGUCUUCUGCUGAAGCUGGACCUUUUCUGUGGACGGUGGGCCCAGGGGCCUUAUGCUCGCUGGAAGAGCAUCUGUGGCCGGGAAGCAGACCAGACAAUCUGUGGACCAGCACUGCGUCCGCUGCCCAGAAAUAAGCCACCCAAGAUCCUUCGUUUGCUUUCUUUAUAUGAAGUCUUCAGAAUGCCGAUGCCAAGUGAAACGUCUUACAUUGUUUUUCUGAGCCCCUGGGAUGCUUUGGCUCAUUGGUCUCUGCAGAUUGGCCACCGUGCUAACAAGUUUAUCAGGUUCAAAGACUUGUGAAAACCCCAAGUUAUGAGAAAUACUUUGCUCUUAUCUUAGCAAGUCUCCCAUUUUUUGCCCUGAGACGUACAAAGUAUAUUUUUCAUCUAGACACUAGACACUAAACUACCUUAUUUGAGAUGACCAUUUGCCUGGACUUUUGGUCACCCUCCCCUGAAUAGACAAUGUAUAGAGAUUAUUCAUAAAAUUACAAGGAACUUUUCAGAGUUGGGGUUUCAAAAGCUUUUACAGUUUUUAAAUUACUUGAAACCUUCUCAAAACUUGACUCCCCAAAGAAUUUAAAUACUUUUUCCCCUAACUAUGAUGCCUCAAUACCUGGGAAAGGAGGAAAGAAACCUUAGAUUUCGCACAAGUGCAGUUGGGAGCCAUGUCGCGUGGGUAGCUAUGCCAGGGGCAAUGUGCUGCAGCAAAAAGGGCACAGAGAAGACCCCACACAGACAUGCUCUCCACUCGCCAGAGCCCCGAUGGAGGGCACUUAAAGGGCUUUGUGUUUUUAACCAAGAACGUCAGCCACCUCAGGAGAGCACACACGUACUAGAGCGCCCAAGACGUUGGCAAUUUGACAAGAGACACUGGCCUGCUGUCCGUCAGGAGACAGAAAAGGGAAAAUUUCAUAUGAGGAAUUAGCAGCCACUCCCCUCAGAGGGGACAGUGAAGGACUGAGGACGCAGCAGAGCCUCCCUCCACCCCUUCCCAGGAGGCUGCACCCGGCACCACAGGAUGUGGCGCAGUCGGCAGACCUGACUCGGGGCUGCUGGCAGUUUGCAUGGGCUGAGCUGCCCGGAGGGCCCCUGGGUGCAGUGACACCCACAGCCGUCAGAGGUCCGCCCGUUCCUGGGUGAGUGGAAAGUGAGGACCGAGUGCCGUCUGCCUCUCUGGCCUUGCCUGUCCCUCCAGUGUUAGACUGUUGUCAAAGUCGAGCAUGAACCAGCUGGCAAGGAGCUUUGAGGUGUAAAGGCCACAAAGAAACUUGUUUGAACAUGCAUGUCCUUGGGGAAUAUUGUUCCCAUGAACUCUUCCUGGGGAACCUGAUAGAGAAAGAGUUUCAGACAACCAAAGAGAUUGGAGAGGCCAACGUAAGAACCAGUUGGGAGCACUGAAUAUAUAUUUCUCUGUAGAACUGGGUGAAAUGAUGGUUAGACGGGAUGGCUCUAGUGUAUAACGUCUGUAUGCCCUGACAAUGUAGGUACAUAGCAUCUGUCAAAAUUCAGAGACUGGAAAGUCCAUAUGAAAAGAAUAUUUGCUGAUUGUCAUAUAAUUAUUAACUGGAAGUAAAAUGACGUUCAUAUCAGAUGUAGGGGGGAUGGAGAGGGAAGAAGAAUUUAUUAGCAGAUUUGGAUAUCCAUCAUAGUAGAGAACUGACACACAGGAGCUGAAAAAGAAGACUAAGGGUAUUAUAUACAGAUAUAUAUGGUAGUCAUUAUAGCAAAGAUGCAAACCUUCCUAAAUAUCAGUAUAAAUAGAUGGAGAGAACAAGGCUAAACCAUAAAAUUAAAAAUGUUUACAUAUACGAAGAGGGAGGGAACAGGAUGGAGGAGCCAGAGCUUGAAGCUAAACUUUGAAUGAACCUUUUUGUUGAUUUGAUUUUGGAAUCCUGUAAAUAUUUUACAUAAUUAUAAAACAAAAUUACAUUAAAAAAAAAGAAAUCCCUGAAAAUCGAAAGUAAAAUGAAACCAACGACCUUAAUUUUGUAUCCAGUUAGUGGCACAACCACAGGAACUAUUCCAAAUGGCUUUAGAACACAAUAAUGUGAAUAUUCCUGGUGGAACAUACAGAGACAAAAGUUCCAAAAAAGUUAAAAAUCCCAAACUGUUUUCAGUAAUCAGUGUUGGUAAUAAUGGGAUAAAUGAGUAACUCCUUUGGUGUCAGCAAGAACCUGGAUUUUUGGCAUGGAAGAAUGAAGAUAUAAAGUAAAGUUAAGUCAAAAUCCUGUAGUCCUGAUUUCUAACUGGAAGCAUCUUAUAAAGUCAUAAUCUCUGUCCACUGAAAAGGCCUAGAAACCAGGACCCCUCUAGCCAUUAGGGAGCACAGCUAAUAGCCAGAUUGUGGUUCCUAAAUACCUCUGUCCACGGAAAGGACUAGGACUCCUUGAAACAGGACUGAUUCUGGGGCUUGGGUAGGGAAUGUUUGAGGUAAGGCCCAGAACAUACUGUCUUACUAGAAACGGGCUGUAGAAGACUUCUAGGUUCACAUACCACAGCCUCGGGCAUCAAGCUGAAUAAACUUCCACUGACCCUGCUCUUCAGGGAUCCAUCCCUUUGAUGGUCCUCCAACGAGUUGGAAGAUUCCUUGCCAUUCUGGCUGGCUCCACUGGGUUACUCCAUUUUCCUCUAAAAAUGUGCUCUCUAUAGUAGACUCCUCUUCAGGAAGGAGAGGGUCCCUCCCGUGUAAUCACUCUCCAGGGCCAGGAGCCCGUUCUUGUCCUGGUUCCUGCCUGGGCCAGCCACUUCAUGGAGGCCCCUGCUGCCUGGCCCGGCUGGAAGGCUGGUGCUCAGCCAUCAGUGUCACCAAGUCAGCCUCAGAGAGAGCUUCUCCUGCAAGGUGCCCCUCCAGGGGCUGAAGGACCCAGAGUGGGCCCUGCCUGAGUUGACCAGGACAAGGACAAGGCUUUAGGGCCUGCUUGCUAACAAGUGUCUGUUCAUUUCAUAGAAUUUGGAAUGAGACUUGCUUUCAUUGUAACAAUCUUGUGGGGAGGUUACAGGAGAGGGACAUAGAACCCCUGCCUCCUCCUGUCACUGGAGGCCACCCCCUUAACCAAAAGAACCUCAUCAAAUUGCUGACCAGCCAAACUGUCUUAGGUCAAGAAGAUAAAUUUGGAUGGAGUUUUAUAAGGCUAAGAAUAAAUGAAAAUUGUCAUAAAUAAA